AUAUAGCGAUGCCUCGUUCUUACACCGAAGCGACGAUCUGCACAUCGCAUUCAAUUUCACAUCGGUAAUAACAACGUAAGCGUUAACUAUGCUGAGGUCUCUUUUUAUACGGAAAGACCGGAAAGACAUUGCAUUUGUUUUGAUUAGGAAACUUUCAUUCCCUUUAAUGUGAUACUAAAGUUCUACCUAGUUAAUUAUAAGUUCCCAUCAAGUUCCCAUACUCAAAGAAAAUAAUAGAUUACUCCAAGCCGUGAUUAUUAUUUUGUGCCCGAAACGAAACGCGCACGUUACGGGAAGGUUAUGCAUGAUAAAAAGUGAAACUAAACGCGUAACCGACAGUGCUGUCAGAUUGCAUUUAAAUCCGUCCUGGCUAUUGUUAUUAAGUUUCCACUAAAUAUCAGGCUAAAAAUGGACGAUUUCGACAUAUUUUCUGACGAAACAAACUUUACUCGACCGCUUUACAAGGAUGUAUUGAACAAAUAUGUAAAAGAAAUACCAGCAACGCCAAGUGGACCAAAUUAUCAAAGUGGUAAUAAACUGAUGGCAGAGGAGUACCUCAUGCAGAAUGAUGAUGCCCGCUGUGCCUUCCACCUCAGUGAGGCUGUGUCUGCAUCUCUCCGGAUUCUGGCGCUGUAUAGAGAUGACCAGCUGAAAGGAUGUGAAAAUAAACUGCACAAACUUACCAGUUUCAUCAAACCAAUAAAGGACAUUAUGGAGUCGGGUCCUAUGAGCAAAGAAGAUAAAAAGAUAUUUGAUUUGCUAUCAGUUGAUACAGAAGAGGUGACCAAAGCACUAAGUGCAUUUGAGAUUGAGGAAGCAGAACCAUUCCACAAGAAAUACUUGAAAUUCAGUGCUGAAAACAAUGUUGAUAACUUUCAAAGGAUUCUCAAAGAAUUACCUAAAGAAUGGACAGUAAUCCAGCUGACUGCGCCAUACAAUCCCAACGAGAACCUGAAACCAUUCGACGAAUACAAGACGGAGAUCGACUCUCUGUGUGUGAGCAUGUUCACUAAUGAUUACACAGAACAUUGUGAAUUUGGUCCCGUUACUGUUAAUAUACCGGCCAAUGUCCCAGGAGAAGGUGUAAAACCGCUGUUCACCGAGCUAUACGCGCUUCUGGACGAAAACUACAAGACCAUAGACAACGCCCGCCUGUUGAACAAUAAGCGCCUCGUCCAAAACUACUGGAGUCGGAGAGAGGACAUCGACCUGCGAAUGAAGAGUGUGCUGUAUGUGAUGGACCGCGAGUGGCUCGGCGGUUGGGGCUGCCUGCUGACUGGCAAGCUGGUUGAUUCCAGUUUGAGGCACAAAAUUAUCAAGCUGGUUGAUGACACCAUUGACGAUUGGGGAUUCAUGAGACUGACACUAAAGCAGCGCGUCCUGCUCUAUAACCUGAUAGACUCCAGCCCGUCUUUAUCGUCACAACAGAUCAAACCAUGUAUUAGAAGAAUUUUGACUGAGCAUGGCAACCCUGAAGACGUAAGGCAACAUCUGCCUGGUGAUUGUCAAACUUGCAGCAAGGACUUUAAGAUAGCCAGUGAAUUGUGCCUGAAAUGCCUGAUGAAGUGUUUCGAGGGUGUCCACAAGUUCGCCCUCGUGGACGGCAUCAGGGCGUUCUCGCAAGCUGUGGCCAAGGUGAAGGAUGGCGACGAAUGGGCAGCCUUGAAGAAGGCGAAACGACAUCCAGUCAUCUUGAUCGUAGAUGAGAUGCUGGACACAUUCCCUUGGGAGAGCCUGCCGAUCCUGUCCCAACAUCCGGUAUCCAGGAUAGAAAAUAUCCAUUUCCUGUACAGUCUCUAUAAGUUACACCAGGACAAGAUUAUCGACGGAUAUUAUGCAGCCAAGAGUGAAGUCGGCAGAUACGUCAUUAAUCCAGAAAACAAUCUAGAACGCAUGGAGAAACGCAUGCGCUCGUUCAUCCAGUACUGGUGCGGGGCGUGGCGCGGCCACGUGGCGCGGCCGCCGCCGCCCGGCGAGUUCAUCCGCCACCUCACCACCUCCGACGUGUUUCUAUACUGCGGUCACGGCGACGGCUGCCAGCUCGGCAACGGCGGCGGCGGCUGCGGGGUCGAGGGCGCCACGGGCACGCGCUGCGCCGCGCUGCUGUCCGGCUGCGGCUCCGUGCGGCUGCAGCACGGCGCGGGCAGGGGGCCGCCCAUGGCCGCCCACCACCACCUGCGAGUGGCCGCCAGCCCAAUGAUAGUCGGCAUGCUGUGGGAAGUAACUGACUUUGAAGUGGACAAAAUGGUUAGCACGUUGGUCUCACUGUACGUGCCUUCUGACGCGCCCGUGCCGUGGCCGAGCGUUGGAAAGACCAACUGGAGCAAAGGUGAACUAGAUACGAACGUGGAACAGAAGCAGCCGUUCACCCCCGAGCCGGAGCUGCUGCGCGCCGUGUCGCGCGCGCGCGGCUCGUCCAGCUUCGUGAUGAUCGCCUGCAGCAUGGUGGCGCGCGGCCUGCCCAUGAGAAUACUCUGAGCUACGACUUGGCAUUACCAUGGAACAGGAUUCACGUCUACAUACAUAAUAGUACUGUACAUACGCUGUAGAGUAAUAAAACUAUGUAUGUAAGUA